GCCGACUUCAAUGGCCGGGUGCAUUGUUCGUUGUUUCUUCCCUUCCUUCUCCAUCCUAGCCGUUUUCCCCUCUUCACAAACUUUUGCAUCUCAAUUGGAGCACCCAAAAUACUCGUCACCGAUAACACUUCAUGCAAUGGUCAAAUACGCAGUCGACACGGCGUCACAAAUGAGUAGCCGCCGGCGUACCAGGAUAAUCCAACACCACCACACCACAAUAGCGCUCCAGAACCAUGACUUAUUAGUUAAAGAAAUAGAUAUCCGCGCCAAUCCUGGACUUCUCAUCGCCUGAGGAUUCGCUGGGGGCACCGCGUUUGCAAGAG